AUGGAGCACGGCGAAGGCGUGGAGCGAAAGAUAAAGAGGUUCAAGAACGGUGACGUCUACGAAGGGGGCUGGAGGAACGGGCUGCCGGAGGGGUACGGGAGGUACGUGUGGACGGACGGGAGCACGUACGAGGGCCAGUGGAAGGGGGGCACGAAGCACGGGAACGGGGGAUACGUGUGGCCCAGCGGAGCGCAGUACACAGGGGAAUGGAGCAAUGGCUGCAUGCAAGGGUACGGAAUGUUCAAGGCGGCAGAUGGUUCACGGUACCAGGGCGGCUGGGCCAACGACCUGAAACAUGGGCUGGGCAAAAAGUUUUAUUCCAAUGGGGACAAGUAUGACGGGUUAUGGAAGCAUGGAAAGCCCGAUGGCCCUGGGCGGUACGUUUGGGCGGACGGGAACGAGUACAACGGAGAGUGGAAGAAUGGGCGGAUGCAUGGCCAUGGCACCUUUCAGUGGAAGACUGGCGAGCGUUACGAUGGUGAAUGGAAGGAUGGCCGAGAGGAUGGCCUUGGCACCUUCCAGUGGAAAGAUAACUCCACAUACGACGGGCUGUGGCAAAUGGGCAAGAAGCAUGGUAUAGGCCUGUUCCGGCCCUCCCACUCCGAGUCACGCCGCUCCCUGUCCCCUGUUGUGCCCUCUGCCAACAACUCUGACGGAUCUGAGAGUCAGCUCGAGAGCAGCACGGGUGACGACCUGUCCGAGGGGCCGCUGACAGCGCCAGCAGUGGCGCGUAAGGGCGUGGGUGGACAGGUAGCUGAUCAUGGGAUGACGAUGUUGGCCUCGGAGAGCAUAUUUUUGCGGGAGUACGAGCAUGGCCGCCUUGCCUACGAGGCACCUGUGAGCCUGGAAGAUCGAUCGGACAUGGAGCUGCUAUUCGCGGUGCUGCGGCUGGAGGAGCCUGGGCGGCUGAAGAAGCUGCUGUUGAAGGCGGGGGAGAAGGACAAGGGUCCCGGGGAGAUCAUAUAUAAGGAGCACAGGAGCUACAACAUCAUGGUGAAUCUGCAGCUGGGCAUUCAGUACAGCGUGGGGAAAAUAAACACGGUUCGGCUGCACGAUGGCCUGACGGAGCACCAUUUCUUUGAGAAGGUGAAGCUGACCUUCCCCCGGCGUGGCUCCAAACAAACACCACCCCACAUGUCAAACGACUUCAAAUGGAAGGACUAUGCCCCUAUGAUCUUCCGGAAGCUGCGAGAAAACUUUGGCAUCGACCCAGCAGACUACCUAAUGUCCCUGUGUGGCAACAAGGCCCUGCGGGAGCUACCCUCUCCCGGAAAGUCAGGGGCCUUGUUCUACCUCUCCCAUGACAACAGGUUCAUCAUCAAGACCAUGAAAAAGACGGAGAUGAAGCACCUGUUUGUGAUGCUGCGCAAGUACUACACACACAUGGACCAGCAUAAGCACUCGCUUAUCACCAAGUUCUAUGGGCUGCACAGGGUCACACCAUAUAAGGGAUCCAAGAUCCGAUUUGUUGUGAUGGGCAACCUCUUCCGCACGGACCUCCCCAUCCACAUGCGGUAUGACCUCAAGGGCUCUACCCACGGCCGCUUCACCAGAGAGGACGUGGACAAGCGAUCCUCUAUGACCCUGAAGGACCUGGAUCUGGAGUACACACUGAAGCUGGAGGAAGGCUGGCAUGAGCGUCUGCACCGUCAGCUCACGCAGGACUGCAAGCUGCUGAGGUCGAUGACGGUGAUGGACUACUCGCUGCUGCUGGGGGUGCAUUUCCGCAAGACUGGGGUGAGAGAGAUGACCCCCAGUGCCAGUGAGGUGGAGUCUGAAAUCGAGAUGGAGAAACAGCUGGAGCGAUUUAGGCAGCAGAUUUUCCGGAUGCGGCUGGAUGAGCGCCACUCUCAGGAGCUGCUGAAGCUUGUGGAAAUGAAGAUGGAGAGCCGAAAGACGAAGAGGAACGCGCCGCAGCAAGUGCUGGCACGCCAGCCAAUGCGCAAUGACACCCUGAGGCCCGUGGCGUACAGCGACGGGGGCACAGACGCCCUUGCAUUCUUCCUGAAUUAUGACCACGUUCAGCUGGGGAAGAACAUGGCGGCCACGGCUGUGCAGCACGAUGCAAAGGGAAAUGUGGCUGACAGCGCGGAGGACGUCGUGGUGUAUUUUGGCAUCAUCGACAUACUGCAGGAAUACAACAUUAUAAAGAGGCUGGAGCACAGGUUCAAGUCCAUCGCUCAUGACGGCAAGACGAUCUCCGCCGUGGACCCAAACUCGUACGCUGAGCGAUUCAUGCGGUUCAUGCGCAGAGUGUUUCAAUAG